AGCUUAUUGGAGGUCUGGUAGAGCAUGCUCUCCAUAAAGGCUUGUAAAAAUAAAGCGAGAGUGUGUGCUGACUAAACUCCUCGUGUCAGUACGGUUCAGCAGCAGAGGCUUGCGCACACUUGGAAAUCUCGCGACACUAAAGCGCUGCUGUGUCAACACCCCGCGCGCACAUCCCUCCUCAGCUGACGCCGUCUGCCUGCCGAGAAAUCUCCUCUCCUGCGCUGAGACUAUGAUGAAUGCAGUCUGGGCUGUCGAUUGUGUAAUGGAUUUGAGGUGAGAAUGGCACUUUCUCAGUCAAAAUCGACCAAAAUGGGAAAGUCGAGACUGUUCCGCAUUUUUAUGAUAGUGGGCGCUAUCUUCAUGAUCCUUCUUAUAAUCAUAUACUGGGAUGAUGUGGGGGCCUCAAAUUUUUACCUGCACACAACUAUCUCUGGGCCCCAACCAUCACGCCUCUCUCCACAGAGCCGUCGUGACCCAGAAAAGAAAGUAGAGGAAGACAAAGAGGGCUCGUUUUUGACGGACAUUGAUGCUUUUGUCAACCAGUUUUUAGAAGGAACCGCGGACCCCACGGAACAGGUGAGAGGAGAACCGCCCCCUGGAGACCCUCACAAUCAGUCUUCUGAGAAAUCGGAGGAGAAAUUUGUCCCGAGACGAGAGUGGAAGAUCCAUCUGACUCCAGUUGGCCCUGAGAAAAAACAAAGGCAGGAGAGUAGAAAGCAGCUGAUCCAAGAUGUGUGCGGUAACAAAAGUUACUUUGACUUCCCCGGAAAGAACAGGACUUUUGAUGACAUACCCAAUAAAGAAUUGGAUCACCUCAUCGUGGAUGACAGGCAUGGGAUUAUUUACUGUUACGUUCCCAAGGUGGCCUGCACAAACUGGAAGCGCAUCAUGAUCGUGCUGAGCGAGAGCCUGUUAUUGGACGGUGUGCCCUAUCAAGACCCUCUGGAUGUUCCUCAGGAGCUCAUCCAUAACAGUAGCCUGCACUUCACCUUCAACAAGUUCUGGAAGCGCUAUGGAAAGUUCUCACGGCACCUCAUGAAAAUCAAGCUUAAGAAAUACACCAAGUUUUUGUUCGUCAGGGAUCCUUUCGUGCGACUGAUCUCUGCCUUUCGCAACAAAUUCGAACAAGAGAACGAGGACUUCUACAAAAGAUUCGCAGUCGUCAUGUUGAGAAAAUACAGCAAUUACACGGAUCCACCGGCAUCGGUCGUGGACGCUUUCGCUGCUGGGAUUCGACCGUCUUUCUCCAAUUUCGUUCAGUAUUUAUUGGAUCCUAACACUGAGAAAGAGAUGCCUUUCAACGAGCACUGGAGACAAAUGUACCGUCUGUGCCAUCCCUGCCAGAUAAAUUAUGAUUUUGUGGGGAAGCUGGAGACCUUGGAUGAGGACGCUGAGCAUUUGUUGCGGAUUCUCCGCGUAGACAAUGUCGUCGAGUUCCCGGAAAGUCAUCACAACCAAACCAUCAGCAGUUGGGAGCAGGACUGGUUCGCCAACUUACCGUUGGAGUCCAGAAAAGAGCUGUACAGGCUGUAUGAAGCCGACUUUAAACUAUUUGGAUAUUCCAAACCAGACAAGCUGGUACAUGAGUGAUACGCUGUUCGCCAACUUCACUGAGGUGCUGACAAGAUUUUCACAGCACAAGAAACAGGGCAAUAGGAGUUCCUGCUGCUUGGUUCUUAAUGGCUCUUUCACGUGAUGCUGUUUAUAAAGGCCCUUUCACAUGACCGGCGUCCAGAUGUUUGGCUAGUUAACAUGGUCCAGUUGGUAGAUACCGUGAUUGAAUCAUCUGCUUCCAAAAAGCAUCUUUCUCCAUUGACAGCUAAAAGUACGGCACCCACACAUGACAUCAGUAGAAAAAAAUUAAGAAGUUGUUUCCACAACUUAAUUUGUUCCCUCAUUUUAGUUAAAUUGUGGCCA